AUGGACUUAGUUUUUCAGGCUACUUCAAAAUUCAAAAUUCAAUGUGAGAAAAAUACAAAUGAAAGUGCUGUCUCCUCAAUGGAAGUAGUACAUUCUUCAGGUUUACUACGUACUGCAGGAAAAGGCUGCUGUACGUGUCAAGGGGGAUGGUCUUGCUGUGGAGAAAAGUGUUACUACUUUUCAGAAGCAGAAAAGACAUGGGAUGAGAGUGAGGCAUCCUGCAAAGUCCUGGGUUCUCAUCUCGCUAAGAUUGACAGCAGAGAGGAGCAGAACUUUAUUCAGUCACAAUUGAAUUACAGCUAUUGGGUUGGAUUACGUAAAAAAGGAAGCCAGUUCCAGUGGGUACACCAUAAGGAUGCAAAACUUUCUUCAGAUUUGGAUUUUCACACAGCAACACAUGUAGCAGAUGCAGAAUGUGGAUAUAUCAAGCCAAGACAUCUCAACCUUGCUCCAUGUCGUAGAUAUUUCCACUACAUUUGUAAAAAGAAUUUUACCUGUCCAAUGACUUAAGAGAAUUGGUAAAAGCAGUUUUACUUUUUUUUUUUAUUCCUUAGUGGCUAUUAGUAAAAUAAAAUUCAUCCAAGUC